AACUUUAUUGACUAAGCACGAUCUAUUACCAGCUUCAAUAUUUUCAGCUUGGUACAAUUUCAUAAUGUGGAGAAUAUGCUAUGGCUCGUUUGUGGGCUGCUACAACAAUUUCUAUCAUUGCAAUUGCUAUUGUUGGUUGCGACGAAUGUCUCUAUGUUUUGCUAGAGCUGUCUUUAUGUUUUUGCCUCAGUUGUCUUUAUGUAUUGGCUACAGCUGAGUUUUUUCAUCUGAUAUUGUAUUUGGAUCUAAUUCUGUAAUUUUUAUCUUCUCCCUCCCAAUAAAAAAUAAAAAAAUCUCAAAAUUCCAACAACUAUAUCAUAUAAUUUUUUAUUAUAAAAUCAUUAUUCCUUAUUCAUCGGACGAACUAUACUUUGAACAGUUUUAGGAUUGUGAAGGGGGGUUGUUGCCACCAUGGAUUAGGCUAAACCCGAGCAAAAGUCUGGGAGAGAAAUAGCAUUCACAGUCCAAUAUGUUUUGUUUUCUCUCAAUUCCAUUACGAGAUCAUUCCUUGGAGUUGCUGUGGAGUUUCCAUACAGAGCCUAAAUGGGGACACUAAGUCUGUAUUGUGUUCUAGCUACUGUGUUAGUGCCUUAUUUUCUAAAAUAUCUCUGGAUAGGAUUUAGAUUGUGCUGAAAUGUCUGGUUUCAUGGGUUGAUAAUUGUCGUGGGUGCUUGGUCUCACUGGGUGUAAGGUUUUUAACAAAAUAAUUUUCUUUGGCAGUGAUCGUCUCUUCUCAAAUUUAUGUCCUUUGUUCAUUCAAAUGUUGUGAAAAUAUUUUUGGUUGUAGAAUGGGAACAAGAAGUCUCCAGGUUUUGAUUUAUUUCAUCUAGGGUUUGUAACUUGAUUCUAUGUUAUGAUCUUGGUAUAAUUGAAAAUGCUUCCAGCCUUACCGGUGGCGAUGUCAUUGUGCUAACACGUAGACUGAAUAAUACUGCACAUUUUCCUCACACCAAUUACAGUUGUAAAAUGCAUUGUCAUCCACUACUCAUCUCAAUCUAACAGCAUUAUGUUGAAAGAGGCGCUGAACACACACAAACUCCCUGAAGACUGCUCUACAUAUCUUCGAUUGUUGCAUACCUGUAUUCCCAACAACUUGCUUUCAGGAGUGAAAAAUGUCCACUCUUUCAUCGCUCACAGGCGAUUUGCCUUUGCUACACGAACAACUUUUCAUAAUAAGCUUAUUCACAUGUAUGUCAAGUGCGGAAGUUUGGUGGAUGCUAGAAAAGUCUUCGAUCACAUGAAAGAACGAGACAUCUUCUCAUGGAAUACGGUUAUUACAGCGUACAGAAGACAUGGGUGUCCUCAAGAGGCAGUCACACUGUUUCACCAUAUGCAACAAACAGGUUUACAACCCGAUCAAGUUACAUUUGCUAGUGUACUCCCGGCCUGUGCUAAAAUGGGAGCUUUGGAACAGGGUAUGCAUAUCCAUCAAAGCAUAACGGAAGGAGGGUUUUUGUCAGAUAUUAUAGUUGGAAAUGCACUGGUAGACAUGUAUGCAAAAUGUGGAAUAAUAGAGAAGGCACGUGAACUGUUUGUCGCAAUGCCUCAAAGAGAUGUCUUCUCAUGGACUGCAAUGAUUGCAGGAUAUGCACAAAAUGGAUUUGUCGAGAAGGCGUUAGAAACUUUCAAGCAAAUCAAUUCGGCAGGUAUCAAGCCAAAUUCCACAACCUUUGCCAGUAUCCUUCCUGCGUGUGCCAAAAUGGGGAAUUUGGGACUGGGUAUGGACAUUCAUCAAAACAUAAUAGAAGGGGGGAUUUUUUCAGAUGUUAUAGUUGGAAAUGCUCUGGUAGACAUGUAUGCAAAAUGUGGAAACAUAGACAAGGCACAGAAACUGUUCGAUAGAAUGCCUCAAAGAGAUGUCAUCUCAUGGAAUGCAAUGAUUUCAGGGUAUGCACAAAAUGGAUUUGUUGAAAAGGCUUUAGAAAUUUUAAAGCAAAUGCGAAUGGGUAGUGUAAAGCCGAAUUCCACCACCUUUGCCAGUAUCCUUUCUACCUGUGCCAAAAUGGGAGCUUUGGAACAGGGAAUGGAUAUCCAUCAAAGCAUAAAGGAUGAAAGAAUUUUGUCGGAUGUUAUUGUUGCAACGGCCAUGGUAGACAUGUAUGCAAAAUGUGGAAGCAUAGACAAGGCAUGUGAACUGUUUGACAGAAUGCCUCAAAGAAAUGUGGUCUCAUGGACCGCAAUGAUUGCAGGAUAUGCACAAAAUGGAUUUGUUGAAAAGGCUUUAGAAACUUUCAAGCAAAUGCAAUUGGCAGGUGUAAAACCAGACUCGACAACCUUUGCCUGUAUCCUCCGUGCCUGUGCCAAAAUGGGAGCUUUCGAACAGGGUAUACACAUCCAUCAAAGCAUAAAGGAUAGAAGAAUUUUUUCAGAUAUUGUAGUUGUAACUGCCUUAGUAGACAUGUAUGCAAAAAGUGGAAGCGUAGAGAAGGCACUUGAAUUGUUUGACAGAAUGUCUCAAAGAGAUGUUGUCUCAUGGACUGCAAUGAUUGCAGGAUAUGCACAAAAUGGAUUUGUUGAAAAGGCUGUAGAAACUUUCAAAAAAAUGCAAUUGGCAGGUGUAAAGCCAGACUCUACAACAUUUGCCAGCAUCCUCCCUGCCUGUGCCAAAAUGGGAGCUUUGGAACAUGGUAUGGACAUACAUCAAAGCAUAAAGGAUACAAGAAUUUUAUCAGAUGUUGCAGUUGCAACGGCCCUAGUAGACAUGUAUGCAAAAUGUGGAAACAUAGACAAGGCACGCGAAUUGUUUGACAGAAUGCCUCAAAGAGAUAUCAUCUCGUGGAAUGCAAUGAUUGCAGGCUAUGCACAAAAUGGAUUUUGCAAGGAUGCUCUCAAAGUAUUUGAAAUAAUGAAGCACUCUGGAACACAUCCUAAUAUUGUAAGCUUUGCUUGUGUUCUAUGUGCAUGCAGCCAUGCAGGGUUAGUGGAUGAGGGCUGUACAUACUUCAAUCAUAUGAGUAACCCUUAUUCCCUCACCCCUACGGUUGAUCAUUAUGUGUGCAUGGUUGAUAUUCUUGCUCGUGCUGGCUAUCUUGAGAGCACCCUAAACUUUAUCAUUAAGAUGCCAAUCAAACCUGUAGUGGUUGUGUGGACGUCUUUCCUUGGAGCUUGUAGAUCACAUAUGAAUUUAGGCUUAGGAGUAUUAACAGCAAUGCUGCUAUUUGAUUUGGAUCCUAAAAACGCUGCAACUUAUGUUCUUCUCUCAAACAUCUAUGCAGAAGCGGGCAGGUGGGGUGAAGCUCAAAUGGCGACAGAUCACAUCCACAGACACGGGAGAUUUAUGCAAAGUUGGAGGAAUUGGUUUGGGAGAUGAAGGCAGCAGGGUAUUUUCCAGAUUCAAAACAUUUAUUAAAUGCCGUGGAGGACGAGGAAAAAGAAUUAUUUCUCUGUUAUCAUAGUGAAAAGUUGGCAAUCGCAUUCGGUUUGUUAAACACACC